AUGAAGGCGGAGCCACUCCUGUUUUUGGCGGUGAUUUUCUUGGCUCUGGGUCUCCUGGCAGACUCAAGGACCUUGAAGAGAAACAAGAGAAUCAAGCAAAAUGAGGUCGGAGAGGAUCAGGCAGAAGGAGGAGGAGGAAGUGGUGGAGGUGUAGGUGUGGGUGUAGGUGUAGAAGGAGAAGAAGCAACCGAAGAAGAAGAUCACGAUGCAGGAAUGGUCGAUGGAGACAUUCUGGAUGCCUAUGAGGAAAGCCAAUCAGAAACGGAUGGGAAAGGGGAAAAGAUGAAGAAACUGACCCCGAACUAUGUACCCUAUGACGAGGACAUGGCCGGCAUCGAAGAACCCAUAGCCCUUCCCCUUCAGACUCGUCCGUGGACAAAUGCGAUCGAAGAGCUGUACAGAAGACGACGGAGUCCAGGAAAGAAGGCUCACGGUGCUAUGGAGGUCAUGAGAAGGAAGAGAGGAAGGGGGCCGAGUCGAUGGAAGAGAUCCUACUACAACAGCUACCCUCGAGUGGAUUAUGACACCCUUCAGGCUCUUUGGGAGGACCCCCGCUUCAGGGACAUAAUGGACAUGUGGGAAGAGGAAGCCCUCCAGGUCCCUCCACACUAUCUUGACUACGAGGUCGACACAUUCCCCACUGGCGAAGGAGUGGCAGAGAACUAUCUGAGUGAAGGGGUGAAAGGCUUGGAAUAUCCCUAUUAUCAGUUCGAGGAUGAAAAACUCUCUCCAUCUCACGCCGAGAAGAGGAAAAGCGUGUUCAGGGAACGCGAUCGCAUGCUCCACCCUCGCCGACCCCACAAGAGACUUCAGGAUGGAGAGGAGGACGUGUACUUUCUGGCCAAGCUCCUCAGCUCCCAACCUGAAAUCAAUCCCCAAGUCCCUCUCGUUCGUAGACCCAUCUUGUAAUUUCUUUUUCUUCCUCCCGUCGAAGCGUCGUCGGCACGCGAAUUUUCCGCCGCCGCGCGCUCUAUAGUCAUUUCACGUAUGAACCUCAGUCGAGGGAAAGUGGAUGAGUGAAACUCUAGUCAAAUUCCUGUACAGAAAGGAAGAAAAGGAUCUCUAUUCUUCUAUAUGUGAUAUGCGUUAAUGUACGUCACCGGAUCUCCGGAUGUCAGAUCUCUCAUUUUGUCGGGCUCUACUUUGCUCGAUGUAUCUCGAUGUAUUUCGUUAAUUUGCACCGGUCACGAGAGCAGUUUCGUGGAUGACCUCGGACGAUUCCACCCACCGAAUGUUACAAUUUUGUAAUGCUUCAGCACAAGAUGGCGCUUCGACUAGAAAUUUUCACUCCUUUAUUUUUACUCGUCUGUCUUGUGGCGUGUCUGACCCAUCGUUCGCGAUGGAAGUCUUCGUAAAUUCGUUGCAUUAGAUUUGCACGUUUUCGAAAUUAUUUUCGUGUGAUUCAAUGGUGUUUGCACGAGAAAACUCGUGUCGAUUUGGGGCAGCUUUAAACCAAAGACUCGCUUUUCCUCUUCCGACGGAAGCCAGUAUUCCUGGAUCCGUGGAAUCCCUCUUCGUCUAGUCACUUAGUCCUCUUCUCACUUCUCCUAUAUGUAAUAAAUGUAUCGUGCAUGCGCGUCGGUAAGGAUCGAUGUUGAGAUUAUUUGCGUCGCUUCUUCGCCGCGUUGGAUAUGUUACUGUGAUGGGGAACUUGGCUUCGUCGAGCUCCGCUGGACUGUGAAAUGGGAAAGGAAAAUAAUUCCAUUUUAUGCUAUCGUAGGUGUACGUUAUUUAUUUAUGCUCCUUUCAAAGUCGAAAGGGACUGCACCAGCGUCUUCACACGAUAUUGCAUUUGUCGUUCUGCUUUCCUGCUUUUUGGCUCUACUUCUUCGCACCUCUCCCGAUCGUAUCAUAGGUCGUAAUUUAAUUACUUUCGCAUCAUCGUUGUUGAAUGAAGGACGUGAGAUGCGAUGGUGCUGAAAUCAGUAGAGAGUUCUUUAGCUUUUAGUCUCUCCUUCGACUUUUACCAGUUUAAAACUUUCUGGAUGUAAAUGUUCUCCUUCCUUAAGCGAGACGUCAUUUUAAAAAGUGAGGGUCUCUGCGAGGUCGCCGGAUCGUGCAAUCUUCACUUGGAAUAAACAUGAAUGUUUCCAACAAA